GAACCAGUUUGGCUGCCAGCCGGUGCAAGCUACUGUUUCAGGAAAUCUGUGGAUGAAUGUUCUUACUUGAAGCUGCUGUGCCUCCCUGAGCUAUUAAUAUGUAGUGUUGAAGGGGUGGGUGCUUUAGUUUGCUUUGUGAAACCCCCUGGGCUACGACCGCAGUGUGAGCACGGGGGGCGUCUCACUCUGAGGAGCCGUGAAGAUUUGAGCUGAAACUUUUUGAAUAACUACGUAGACAUGGAGCCAUGCUUUGGGGGAUGUGUGUAACUGAACUCAAACGGAUUUAUCUGGCUUUCUCUUUACUGGAUUACUGAGAUUUCUUCAUGUUUUUGCUCAUUUGACGUCCUGACUGGGACGAGCACACUAUGGUUGACAUCACCUGUGUGAUCGCCUAGCAACAGGAGCCCUGCUGAAAGGGUCUAACUACGUCAUGUCUAACGGGGGCGGGGCACCCAGCAGCACCACCCACCUGUUGGACUUCCUAGAGGAGCCCAUCCCUGGUGUGGGGACCUAUGACGACUUCCACACCAUCGACUGGGUCCGAGAGAAGUGCAAGGACCGCGAGAGGCACCGGAAGAUCAACAGCAAGAAAAAGGAGUCGGCAUGGGAGUUCACAAAGAGCCUGUACGACGCCUGGUCUGGGUGGCUGGUGGUCACGCUCACUGGCUUGGCCUCAGGUGCUUUGGCUGGCCUGAUUGACAUUGCUGCUGAUUGGCUGAACGACCUGAAGGAAGGCGUGUGUCUGAGCGCCAUGUGGUUCAACCACGAGCAGUGCUGCUGGACGUCCAAUGAGACCACCUUUGCUGAGCGGGACAAGUGUCCUCAGUGGAAGAGCUGGGCUGAGCUAAUACUGGGGCAGGCAGAGGGGCCCGGCUCGUACAUCAUGAACUACUUCAUGUACAUCUACUGGGCGCUGUCCUUUGGCUUCCUGGCCGUCUGCCUGGUGAAGGUGUUUGCUCCGUACGCCUGCGGCUCGGGGAUCCCUGAGAUCAAGACUAUCCUUAGUGGGUUUAUUAUCCGAGGCUACCUGGGAAAGUGGACCCUGAUGAUUAAGACCAUCACGCUGGUGCUGGCGGUGGCGUCGGGGCUCAGCCUGGGGAAGGAGGGGCCGCUGGUGCACGUGGCCUGCUGCUGCGGGAACAUUUUUUCUUACCUCUUCCCCAAGUACAGCAAGAACGAGGCUAAAAAACGAGAGGUUCUCUCUGCUGCGUCAGCGGCCGGGGUGUCUGUUGCUUUUGGAGCCCCGAUUGGAGGAGUGCUCUUCAGCUUAGAGGAGGUGAGCUACUACUUCCCUCUGAAGACGUUGUGGCGCUCCUUCUUCGCCGCCCUGGUGGCCGCCUUCGUCCUGCGCUCCAUCAACCCGUUUGGAAACAGCCGGCUGGUGCUGUUCUACGUGGAGUACCACACGCCCUGGUACCUGUUCGAGCUCAUCCCCUUCAUCCUGCUGGGGGUGUUUGGAGGCCUCUGGGGGGCCUUCUUCAUCCGGGCCAACAUCGCCUGGUGCCGGCGGCGCAAGUCAACACGCUUCGGAAAGUAUCCGGUGCUGGAGGUGAUCUUGGUGACGGCCAUCACGGCUGUGUUUGCCUUCCCCAACCCGUACACGCGUCAGAACACCAGCGAGCUGAUCAAGGAGCUGUUCACAGACUGCGGCCCGCUGGAGUCCUCGCAGCUCUGCCAGUACCGCAGCCAGAUGAACGGCAGCAAGGCGUUCACCGACAACCCCAACCGGCCGGCGGGGCCCGGGGUCUACGCCGCCAUGUGGCAGCUCUGCCUGGCGCUCGUUUUCAAAAUCAUCAUGACCAUAUUCACCUUUGGACUCAAGGUGCCAUCGGGGUUGUUCAUCCCCAGCAUGGCCAUCGGGGCGAUCGCAGGGCGGAUCGUUGGCAUCGCCGUGGAGCAGCUGGCCUAUUAUCACCACGACUGGUUCCUGUUUAAAGAGUGGUGCGAGGUGGGAGCAGACUGCAUCACGCCAGGGCUCUACGCUAUGGUGGGGGCCGCCGCGUGUCUGGGCGGUGUCACCCGUAUGACCGUCUCCUUGGUGGUCAUCGUGUUCGAGCUGACGGGAGGCUUGGAGUACAUCGUCCCCCUUAUGGCCGCCGUCAUGACCAGCAAGUGGGUGGGCGACGCGUUCGGCCGGCAGGGAAUCUACGAGGCGCACAUCCGUCUGAACGGCUACCCCUUCUUGGACGCCAAGGAGGAGUUCACGCACGUCACGCUGGCCAGGGAGGUGAUGCGGCCGCGGCGCAGCGACCCGCCGCUAGCCGUGCUUACGCAGGACGACCUGACGGUGGAGGAGCUGCAGAGCACGAUCAACGAGACCAGUUAUAAUGGUUUCCCCGUCAUCGUGUCCAAGGAGUCCCAGAGGCUGGUGGGCUUCGCUCUGCGCAGGGACAUCACCAUUGCUAUCGAAAACGCUCGUCGGAAGCAGGAGGGCAUCAUGCUGAACUCCAGGGUUUACUUCACCCAGCACGCCCCCACCCUGCCGGCCGACAGCCCCCGGCCCCUCAAACUGCGCUCCAUCCUGGACAUGAGCCCCUUCACCGUCACCGACCACACCCCCAUGGAGAUCGUGGUGGACAUCUUCAGGAAGCUGGGCCUGCGCCAGUGCCUGGUCACUCACAACGGGAAUGUUUUGGGCAUCAUCACAAAGAAGAAUAUAUUAGAGCAUCUGGAGGAGCUCAAGCAGAACACGGAGCCCCUGGCGGCUUCUUGGUAUUAUCACAAAAAAAGAUAUCCUGCGUCACAUGGCUCAAAUGGCAGACCAAGAUCCCGAGUCCAUCAUGUUCAACUGAUCGGCUCCUUCCAGGACGGCCGGGGGGGGGACGACAGCGGGGAGGAGGAGGAGGUGCACCUCCUGGACGGCUCCAAUCUCUGACACACGGACCCCGUUUUGUUUCCAUGUUUAGUUUCCAGCUUUGUAGAACCUCGCGGGCUGACCGUGCCCUCCACAGAGACUUGCAGACCAUGAGAGGGAACGUGAUGAAAGACUUUGUUGUUGUCAUCGCGGCUGAAGGCACACACACACACACACACACACACACACACACACACACACACACACACACACACACACACACACACACACACACACACACACACACGAGGAAUGCACUUUCUACACACACAUCACAACACUUUUGCACUUGCAGAAACCUCUCACAUGCAUGCUCUCUGCUCCUGUAAGAUACACACCCGUCUGCACUCUCCACGUGCCUCACGCCUCCCCGUGUCCUGUCGCCUGGCCGGGGGUCAAAGGUCAGAAUGAACCGCCGACGAGGGACGCGAUGAGAAACCUUGACACCUCCAGGCUUCUAAAAAUGAAACUCGCUUUCCUCACCCCCCUCUUGCACACACACACACACCACAUGUCCGUCCUGCAGAGAAAUGCAUUGUAAACCUGUGAAUUAAAUGUGUGUGUGAAUGUGUGUGUGUUCUACCACCACUACAUUCCAGCGCCUGCUCCUCACCCCCAAACGUGGCGCUGUGCAUGGCUGCUUCCCCCGGGUGAACGUAAGUCAAAAUGAGAUGGCUUCAACAAAUGUGUGUGUGCGUGUGUGUGUGUGAGAGAGACAGAUGGGUACUGUAUUUCAAGAACAAAGUGUUGACUUUCAGAAGGAGAAACGUGGGAAAAAGACCUUCAGGAGUGUGAUUUCUUUACUGAUUCAGCUGUGUGCGUGAAUGUGAGUGUGUGUGUGUCGCUGCCCUUCAUUUGUUCAGUGAGGCUUUAGAUGAAUUUAACAUAGACUAACACUUCGUGCUUUAAAAUGACAAAAGGAAAUCAAAAAGUCACUAAACAACUAAUGUGUCUGUGAUUAGUGAGAACACCAGCCCGAACUUUGGUAAAAAAAUAACCCAUUUGAAUGUUUUAAAUAGUUGUUUUGUUACCAUACGUCAAAAACACGCACUUUUUGGAAUCAUAAUAUUAAUGAAACCUAAUCUGGACUUUUGAUUUCAGAAGAAGUAACGUAAAUCACGCUGAACUGAAACACAUACGGCUUCAUCUGCACGCUGCUUUCCCUUACAGCAGGUUGUGCUAAAUCUGGCUCGCCACGUCUCGCAACAUCUGCCAAGUGCCUGGCAACGGUUUUUUUUUUUUACCCCUAAAAACCCACCUGCUACCCCCACCAACCUCCCCUCUUUGUCCUCAGAACGUAUUGAGAUCCUCUUUAGUGCAAACGAUGAAGGGAAAAGGAGAGACGGUGAAGCGGGGAUCAAUGGCAGCACUUUACCUGUAGAGUGGCGGCAGUAGUGUGUGUGUGUGUGUCUGUGUGUGUGAGUGUGUGAGGAAGGUUGGGUUCAUCCUGUGUACGUGUGACAGGGCAGCAGAGCGUUUCUGUUAACCAGUGGUGUUGCCUAACAUGUAUUUCAUACUGAUCUCGAUGUUUUUCUCCUCCUUUUUUUUUAUUUAUGGGUAGUGUCGAUAGAGUUGUGCAUUAUUAUUAUUAUUAUGAAGAAGAAGAAUUUUAUGUAUGGUUACAUUGAUUGUUUGAUUGUACAUUUAAAACAAAAUGUGUAAAGAUUAAAUUUUGUUUUAAAUUAAAAGGAACAAAAACGAUUGAAGUUG